GUGUACAUGAUAAAUCUUUUAUUCCAUAUCUAUAAAUGUAAAUGUUCAGAUGAGAAACGCUGCUUUACUACCUUUAGUAACUAACUGAAUAUUUAUUCAAUCCAAUACUCUCAAAAACAUAAAGAAAUUAAAACUGUAACAGCUCGUACUGAGUUUAAAGUAGAAUAAGAGUUCGCUGUUCGCUUCCUCCGCUUCGCUCUGCAGGAAGCGAACAGUCGUCGACGCGGAACGUUUACUGUUGUUCACCGCCUCCCGGUUAUCUGUCCGCUGGAAGGCUGAAAGUGCGCAGAAAAGGAGAAAAUGUGCGCCGUGCAGCUGCUGCGGGUGUCGGUACAUGAGCGGAUCAGCGCUGCCGCUGAAGACUUUCUGCUGCAGGUGGAAAAAGGAGAAGAAACGGCAGAAAUCCCGCUGAGAGCGCUGCUCACCGAGCGGCUAACGGCGGCUGCGGAGGAGAUCGUCGGUCUGUUGGAGGAAACCGUGGCGGAGUACGAAGACAGAGUGGAGCGGUCAGAGCGGGAGAUCUGCCGCCAGAGGAGGCUGCUCGAUGCCGUGCUGAAGCCCGAAGUCAAGCUGCUCAGAGCAGAGGUGCAGAUGACCAGUUACCCAGAAUCCCCUGGGGGCGACGCCUCUGAGCGGCCAGUCUUCGAGGUGGAGGAGGUUAAAGUAGAGGAUGAGGAGGACGGUGAUGAAGACUCUCAGCAGGAUCCAGCCUUCAGUCCUUGUCUGGACAGAGCGGUUAGGAGCAGUGGGGUGACAGGAGGAAGCCCAGGUGGCGAGCUGAGAGCUCCGGCGGGCGGCAGAGUGAAGAAGGUUUAUGAGUGCGAGGUGUGUUUGAAAAGCUUCGACCGGCCGUGUCGUCUGAGGAUCCACCAGAGGAACCACACAGGCGAGAAACCGUUCGAGUGUCCCGACUGCGACAAACGCUUCAAGAGUAAAGCGCUGCUGUCGGCGCACCGCAGGACGCACGGCGGCGAGCGGCGCUUCUGCUGCCACGAGUGCGGGAAGUGUUUCCUGCAGAGGCAGGCGCUGGUGGAGCACAUGAGGACGCACAGCGGCGAGAGGCCCUUUAACUGUCACCUCUGCAGCCUGCGCUUCUUCGCCAAGAGCCACCUGAAGCGCCACCUGCUGACCCACACGGGUGAGCGGCGGCACCAGUGCGUGGAGUGCGGGAAGUGCUACCGCAGGAAGGAGUACCUGAGCAGCCACAUGAGGGCGCACAGCGGGGAGCGGCCGUUCAGCUGCAGGGACUGCGGCCGCAGCUACAGAGAGCGCAGCCGCCUGCGGCUGCACCUGCGGACUCACACCGGAGACAGUAAACGCUACACCUGCACGCUCUGCGGCCUGGGCGUGGUGUCGGCCAAUCACCUGCAGAGACACAUGCAGACGCACAGCGGCGAGCAGCCGCACCGCUGCCCCGACUGCGGCAAACGUUUCGGACGCAAAGACAAGAUGAAGGAGCACAUGAGGAUCCACACCGGAGAGAAACCGUACCAGUGCUCCCAGUGUCACCUGAGGUUCAGGUGGAGGGCGGCGCUCAACACUCACAGCCACACCCACUCAGAGGAACAGGAAGCCCUCUGAUUGGACGAGCUGCUCUGUUUGGAUUUGAUGUGUGAAAACAGAACUGGACUCUUAUUGGACAUCAAUCAUCUUAGUCAGUAACAACGUCUAGAAGAUGAAGAUGAAGAGAUGAUCUGAGCUGAUACUUUCAUUGAUCCACAAGAUUCAGCUGCUCAGUGAACGAGUUCCCAGUGUUCCCAGUGUUCCCAGUGUGUUAAACCAGCAGUCAGGUGUCUGUAAUCAUUCCUCCU